AUCAGACAUUGUUUUAACUUAAAUAUUUUACCUCGAAUGUUGGAAACGAAGUGGACAGUGAUUAAGAAAAAUUUUUCCUUAUAAGAAAACUUCAAAUGGUAUCGCAGUCAUAUCCCCCACACUUCCGCAGAAAAACGCUACAUCGUGUCUGCAUUGAAAGGUGCAGUAAGAGAAACAGAAGGGUUAAUUGUGUAUUAGUUUAUACUUGAUUCUCCGAGACAUGUAACGAACAAUAGUGACGGGAUUACAAUGCAAGACGACAUUUUUCCGGCUGCAGAGAAAAUCCUUUCCGACAUCGAAAAUGUGGUGAAGAAGAAUCCGUCACUGAAAAGUUUCGAAAUAGUCCCCGCGGAGGAUAAUGAAAACAAAUCGCCGGUGUUCCACCAGGAAGACUACCUCGGUUUAGCGUCCUGGUGCGUGCAACCACUUUACUGCUACGCUUACCGUCGCCUCUUCGAACUUCGCCAGAAUAAGCACAGACGAGAGGAGCCUAUUACUGUUGCAAGAUGGUUGCUGGGAGCUUUGUUAUUAAAUCCAGACGUUACAACGUUCUGGAACAUGCGACGAGAGUUAGUAAGGGGACACAAGUUGGAAGCAACCGAGGAAUUCUCGUUUUCACGAUUAGUGCUUUACCAUAAGCCGAAAUGCUUCGAGGCGUUCGCCUACCGACGGUGGUUACUGUCCUAUGUACUGAACUCUAAGGACACCCGUUACGAUCCUGAACCAACGGAAUCGCCGUUGUGCACGGAAUUGGACAUAGCGGCAACGUGCGCUGACCGAUACGCGAGUAAUUAUCACGCAUGGAGUCAUAGGCGUCACAUAAUGACCCUACGCGAAUCACGGGCAUUCACUUAUCCGACGCUCGAAACCGAAUGGAAGAAUUCUCUUGCUUGGUGUCAACGACACGUGUCGGAUUACAGCGGACUCUCCUAUCGACAGUUCUUGCUGAGGAAGUACAUGUUCGAGUUGAAAGAACCAUCGAAAGAACUGUUUAGAAAGUGUCCCGACGCCGGUGAACAAUGUACAGAGGAACUGUUUGAUUACAUUAAAUCAAACAUCGGUGACACGGAGGAAGCCGAUAAACUGCAAAGGCUGUUCUCUACGACCAACGCGGAAUUCCGUACGACUUCCUUGAGAAUGGAACAACAAGCGUAUUUCCGUGCUUUGUCUUACUGGGUGGAAGAAUGUCGCGUGAACGACAACAGUAUUUCCAUGUACCACGGUCACGAGUCUCUCUGGUGUCACCGUAGGUUCCUCGCUUAUCUUCUAACGCGCUUCAUAGAAUCCUACGGGAAGCAUCGUUCUUCCUGUAGGGACGCGAACGAGGUCAAGAGCGAAUCUAUUGAUAAAUCAAUCGAAACGAAGGAUGUCGAAAAGAUGGUGGUUACGAUAGACGACGAUGUAACUUUGUACCACGAUUUUCUCGUCCAAGCUUUCCGUGCCUCGACCGAGAGAAUCGGUAACGUUGCGACGAAACGAGAUCAACACGAAAAGAUGCUCGUAGAGAGAUUUUUGAAAUUUCUGAAAAGCAUCGGGUUCGAGAUUAGGUCGUGAUUUUAUUAGCCACGAACGAAAUUAUACCUUUCCGGGUAAAAACAGAUAAAAAGAAAGGAAAAAAAAUGGUAUGUAAUCUUAUAAAUAAUAUAAUAUAGUAUCAGACAUAGAGGAAUAACGCAAUAAUUGUAAUUCUGUAUUCCAGGCAGAUGUUAUUCCUAGGCGUGUAUCUACUACCCAUGAAUUGUAUCUCUCAUUAGUGCUCUCUCGUGUGACCCAUUCGCACGGCGAACCCUCUGUGCAUAAAUGAUAGCGCCGUUUCAAUACGUAAGAUUUAAUCAGUAAUGUAGAUCAGAUGGAAUGAGUAUCAAUAUUUAUUUUUGAGACGUUUAUGGUGCAUCGUAUGAAGGUAAACCUCAAAUAAACCGGACACGAGAUCGUGUCGUAAUAAUCAAAGGGAAAGAACACGAAAUCGGUCAGCGUUUGAUUUUUCUAAAUGCUGUCCAACCUUAUUCAGGAGAAUAUUAUUAUAAUUGCGUGAUACAAAAGAAAAAAAAGUGUCUUUUGAGGCUAUAGGGAAGUAUUAUAGCGAGACAAACGUGUAUAGCGGUAUGUUGAUAAAAGUUCGAAGAAAAGAAAGAUGUUAGUUUUGUAAUCGUAUGUUUUUAGUCACCUUAGAAUAGCGAGGGCCUGCGCGCAGGCCAUUUUACAUCAUCAGGCCAGUUGCUUUCACGCGACUAGGUACAUAUGCGACAUUGGCCACGUUGUCCUUCUUUGGCACGACAAUCUGACCAAAAAUAAACUUUUAGAAUUUUGACUGAACUCUUCAGUCUACCGGGAACGGUCGCUGAGCGCGUGCGAUCGUCAGGAUUUUCGGCCACCAACUUCUAUAACUUCCGUUUCAUUGUUACAUGUUAAUAAAGUUCAGUAAAUCCUGUCAA